AUGUUUUUCACUUCAUAUAAUCGAUUUAUUGAAUAUGAUAGUCAAGUUGUUCCACUUCUUCGUCGAAUGAUACAUCUCGAACAACUUACAUUGUAUCUGAGUGUUAUCAAUCGAUCAACCUUUAUUGAUGGUAUUCAUCCCAAAGACAAUAUUCUAGAUCGUAUGCCUCAACUUCAAACAUUCAGUUUUAAUAUCAUCACUCGUACGAACGUCAGUACUUCUGUUCAUAAUCAGUUAUAUAAACACAUGCGAUGUACAUUUCUCAAUGGAAAAUUUCAUCAAGUUGAUUUUUACUUAGAUCACUAUUCAGAUGGAAUGGCUCGAUCCCACAUCUAUUUACUUCCAUAUAAAAUGAAUGAUAUGCAUGAUAUUAGUAAUACAUUUCCUGGAGGUUCAUUUACAAAUGUACGUGUUAUAUUGUUGUUUGAUAUUCAUUAUCCAUUUGAGUAUAAAAUCUAUGAUCGAAUUGCUCGUUCGUUUCCAUUUCUAAGAGAUCUAACUGUUUUAAAUCGUAAACCACGAAAUUAUAAAUCAUCACAUGAAGCAAAAAAGAGUGAUCAAAUCGCGUCGGUUAUUGUAUUUCCUCAUCUCACGCAUCUCCGUAUAUGUCUUGGGAAUAUGGAUAUUGCAGAACAACUUUUAGUAAAUACCAACACGCUUUUACCGUCCCAUGUCGCACAAACCGAUCGAAAACCGUCGGUUAACCGCGGUUAUUUAAGCCAUUUUAGCGACUUUACAGCGUAA